AUGUCAUCUACGAAUGACGCUCUUUCACUCAUGGUUGGACUCGCUCACGCCAGAGCUGCUGCUUCUUCCUCUUCGUCGCAGGAACAUCGUGUUAGUUUUAUCUUACCCAAAGUCGUAGAUAGAGAAGUUACUCAUCAUGACUCUAGCUCAGCUAACAUCGUGUUCUUCGAUGAAAUCAACGAUGAAAGUGUUCAGAUGACGCCUGAUGAGAUAAAUCGCCAAAGGCAAAUGCAGCGUGAAUUGGGAAAGCUUCAAUUCAUAAAUCCGGGA